AUGGCCUUCGAUAUUGUCACCACUCAUUUUGAGAUUCCAGAAAAAGCCGCACGUACAAUCAAGACUCAUUUAGAGGGUCAAGAAAGCAUUCCUGAUAUCGCCGCUUUGAUAGUUACAAUCAAAGGCGAUCCUUUAAUUGUAGAAAAUGGAACAAUUACUAUUCUCGCAGGUUUACUGGUCGCAUUCGUGAACUCAGGUGAUUACGACGCUAGGUAUCGAGUACUUCUUAGGCAUCUUGCAACAUUGCUAGGUGUUGUGUGGGAAGAACUUGAAGACAUCGAAGACUCAUUGGCGAGUACGAUCGUCAACGAGGUUUUCAAGGAAACAAAGCACUCGCAACUGGCUCGAGAGAAGGCGCAAAGGAACAAGAAAAUCAAACGAUUUCUCCUCGUUGGAGCCGCUGGAGGCAUAGGAGGAGUACUCAUCGGUCUCACAGGAGGUCUGGCAGCUCCUCUUGUGGCCGCUGGCGCAGGUAUGAUCAUCGGCUCAGGCGCUGCUGGUUUGGCCACCACGGCAGGUGCAGCCGUUCUAGGGACGACGUUUGGAGUCGCUGGAGCAGGACUGGCUGGGUAUAAGAUGAAUAAGCGGGUUGGUGCGAUUGAAGAGUUCUCAGUUGAAACCCUUUCGGAAGGCCUCAGUCUCCACUGCGCUCUGGUGGUUUCCGGAUGGAUUGAGGAAGACACGUCAUGUGAACAGGCGUUUGAACACCAGUGGAGACAUCUCAGUUUGGCGCGGGAACAGUACACACUACGGUAUGAGAGCAAGUAUCUGAUGGAACUCGGUAAGGCCAUGGACUACAUAAUGGGUUUUGCCGUUUCUGUCGCUAUUCAGCAAACCCUCAUGGAAACAGUGUUGGCAGGUUUGGUGUCUGCGGUGGCAUGGCCAGUAGCGAUUGUUUCAGCCGCUUCAGUUCUCGACAAUCCGUGGAACGUGUGCGUGGCCAGAGCAGCGGAGGUUGGGGAACAUCUGGCAGAGUUGCUUCUCAGCCGAUCUCAUGGCAGACGGCCAAUAUCGCUGAUUGGAUUCUCGCUUGGUGCUAGGGUCAUCUACCACUGUCUGCUUGCUAUGAGCAAGCGCGCAGAAUCAGCAGGUAUAAUUGAAGACGUAAUUUUGCUCGGAGCUCCAGUAUCCACUUCGCCAAAAGAAUGGGAACAAAUAUGCACUGUUGUCGGUGGAAGGGUGAUCAAUGGUUACUGCGAAACAGACUGGUUGUUACGAUUUCUAUACCGCACAAUGAGCGUGCAGUUCACAAUUGCUGGAACGGGUCCGGUCCCUCACAAAAACCGGAAGAUUUUCAACCAUAACCUCAGCCAUAUAGUGAAAGGCCACCUUGACUACUCGCGCAAACUUUCCGAGGUUUUAGCCGCCGUCGGAGUGAGCGUGAAGCGUUUUUCAACGGAUCUCUCUGGAGAAAAUUUUCGUGAGGCCGUUGGAGAAGCGGAAGAUGCCUUGUCAAUUUCGGUCCCUGACAAUAGCAAUAGCGAAGCUUCUCCGAGUGAGAUCGAUGCUGCUGCUAAUGGAAUACAGGAGAUAAGAGUGAGGGACAAAGAAGGUCCAACUUCAACUCAGAAAUAG